CCUAGUGGUCACAUUACAGUAGUGGAGCAAUAAUAUUAACAAUUCAAAUCCAAUCCACCGGUAACGAUCCCGCUCUAGCAUGUCGUGCCACCCAAUUCGCUAAUCGAUUCAAACGUCGAGGAACAAACUCAACACGAAUCGAUGGUGCAAGGCUGAGAAGGAUGUAUACAUGUAAAAGUGUACUAUACCGAUUUAAGAAUAGAUCUUAGAUAACUAUUUUUUUUUUCCUUGUUUCAUUCUCUUAUACUAGUUAAAAUGGGAAAUUAUGCAUACAAUAGAAAAAACAAAUGAGCAAAGAGAAUAAAGCGUACCUUGGCUGUGUAUUGGCCGGACAGUUUUGUUAGGAAAAAAUAUAUAUCAUUCAAGACAAAUCCAGUUAAUACAAAAACCUGAUAUGAUUUUUUCUUUGGAAAUUUUUUUUCACUUAAUUUAAGUAGCUAUUUUUCCUGAUAAAUAAUUUCCCUCGUCUCAUAAUGUUGUAAAAGGUGACGUUUUUAUUUUGUGUUCAUUAUUUGUUACUGAUCCAAAACCUAGAUGAGUGAAUUAUGAAAGGGUACAAAGCUGUAAAACAAGAGGAGAGGCACAUAAUAAAAUCAAGAUUUGUAGCACUUGAGCUCAUGUGAAUUACAUGAGAAAUUAAUUGUACCUAUAGAAUGUUAAGAGCAUUUAUAUAGUUGUUUCACAACUUUCAUAUAUAUCGUGCCAAGAGCUAGUUGUCUGCAAAGAACCAGUCGCUAGUGACGUCUUCGCCCAACAAACCAGUCGAUGCAAACUCACAAUUGUCGACCCAGCCACUCGUCGCAUGAAUCGAUGAAAAUCCAGAAGAUGAAUUGGAUUGAAGAGGGACGAAGGAGAUUUCAGUGAAGAGGUCGGCGAUGUCAACAAUCCCUGCUUGUCAUUUGUCUUUCGUUCGGAUGCACGCACGGGAAGAGCUGGUAGAGAGAGUGAAGAAGUUGAUUUGGAUGGAGAAACAACUGGUGAUUGUUGCUAAAGGGGAUUGUAAGGGAGAAGUCAUAGAUGGAGGGAAAAGGAAGGAGGAAGAAGUCGAAGGAACAAAUUAUCGACGAAUUAGAGAGAAGGAAGAAGUCAACGGAUAGGAUGAGCUCGUUUUGGGAUAGAAGAAGUAAGAAUGUGAGAUUUCAAAAUAAUUGGGGGUAACUAUUUCGAAAACCCACAUUUAUGAACUUUUAAGUAUCUGUAAUCUCUAAUUUGUUGUGCCAUUUCAGAACGAUAUUUUUGGUCAAAAGUCAAAACCUCGCAUCCUGUGAAAUUAUGUUGAAAUCCAACAAAAUAAUCUCACUUCAAAGGCUUUAUUCCUGAACUCCUUGAUAUUUGGGAUGUUGUGAUAUGAAGUCUACGUAACCUUUUUAUUGUUGUUCAAUUAGUUAUCUGGCAGACUGGCACGCAACGUCAAAAGACUCUACCCACUCUCGAGCAGGGGUCAUCUUGGUAGAAGUUCACUCCUUUUUCUCCUUUUCAGUUAUUGUCGUGUCGUUUUGCUCCUCAAAACUAUAACAUAUAUAGAUGGCAAAACAGACUCUUUCAUCGUAAGUCUGGUUGCCAACGGACUACCUUAUUUGAUUGGAAUCAUUGUUGUAAUCGAGUCUUUGUACCGUAUUUGAUUGUAAUCAGUCUUUUAAUCGAGUCAUUGUACCAUGUACUUUAGACUUGCCUUGAAAGAAAAAAGAAGUCUCAUUUAAACUACCUCUGAUUGUUCUUAUUGUUACGAAAGUUGAGUACGAGUGUACGACUAGCAAAGGAAACAUCUCUAUCCUCAACAUUACCAUAAAAACAUGAGAAUGAUACAAAAUUUUGGCUUUCAAUUCCAUGUAUUGAGAUUUGCAGGCCAAAGAUAUCCACGAUACACAAACAAAUGCUUGAAUAGGACAAAUAUUUUCACUCUUAGAAAUUGACUGCGACACAUUCUAUGCGAAUUAAAGAAAACAAAGCCUAUAUAUCCUGAUGUGGCACAUACACAUCAAUGCAACAACAAGAAGAGAUAAGUGAUUAUAAUAGAGCGUGAUUCCGAGAAAAAUAGCAUUGCCUCAAGUGUAAUAGUUCACUAUGGAUUGCGAUUUUAAAUAUUUACGACGAAUGAUUAUGAUAUCGGAUUGAAGAUAAACUUAGAUGAAUAUAACUAUUAUUAAUUGAAUUCAAUCAUGAUGUACGUGAAUAAACCCUGUGUAUGCGUACUAUCUCGUCGCGACAUCUUUUUGUACGUGGUUUAUUAAAGUGAAGGCGAGAUCGAGAUUAACUGAACAAGCCAGAAUUCUAUGGAAGCUAGAAACUAAGGAAUUGAGCAGCAACAACGAGACAUACAGCGAACAUACCACAAUCUCAUUUAGUCCAAUUUGAGUUUAAUAUCAAUAAGCAUCCUAAGAGCAAUUUCUACACUACUUCUACGUGGAAUAAAAAGAAUGAUAUUCG